CAGGCUCUAGAGACGACAAACGGAUCGUGAGGUUUUCCUCGAUUUCCCUUUUGAUCUACCUGAAAGAAACUUCUUUUUGGGCGAGGAAUUUCUGGAUGCUUACUAAUUUACGCAGUCAGAAGCGAAAGGAAAACAAGAUGAAGACGAUGCUCGAGCUGUUGAAAGAGAGUCGCAAAUUAGUUAAGUUAAUCAGGCACUAUUUUCCAGCAAAAGUUCAUGCUCCCAUGAUUCCACAUCGUCGUGGAUUUUAUCAGCGUAAAGAAGAUAAAGAAGUUAUGAACACAUUGAGACGCCUUUGCAAAAAUGAUAAUUUCUCGCGCGUGAAGACCCUGAUUUUACACGGGCCAGCAGGUCACGGUAAAGUGCCUUGCGCAGCAAAUUUGAUGGAUCACCUCUACACUAAGCCUGUACGCUCGCGAUUCUUCUGGAACAAAGUGUGGAAUUAUCGAAACAGACCAACAAUCCUGGGGACAGUUAAAGCAACAAAUAAAGCAACGAUGUUCGAAAGUUUCUGUAGACUUGCCAAAGAAAUCGGUUUGACUGAACAGGCCAAGGCUGCAAAUCAGGAACUAUCACUUCUCAGCAGAACAUCAGAAGGAAGGCAAUACCACAUAAAUCUUCAAAACCAAUGCCAAGAAAAUGCCUAUGACAAACCUUUGAAACAAAUUUACGAAGAAGUUAUGAAUACCUUGAGAUGCCAGGGUUCCUGGGUACUAUUGAUAGAAGGUGUCGAAGAAGAUAGGCUUAGUCACCAACAGUUUUGGCCGUCGCCAGGUGAUGCAAGCUUUGGAAAUGGUCUGGUCAUCAUGACUACUACAGAUUCCAAGUUAUUUCAAGAGGAAGGAGAUGACUAUCCGUUGGCGAAGGUGUUCAUUGGUAAAAUGACUAAAAAAGAUGCAGUUAGAUUUCUUGCGAAAAAAAGUGGUAUUCCCGUAGCUGUUGCUGAACGCUUUGCAAAUCUGGCACGUUGCAUUCCCCAGGAUAUAGCAAAGUUAGGAGCUUUUAUGAGAGAAUACAAAGAAGAGACGAAUAAACAACUAACUUUUGGAAAUUUACCCCCACCACCGGAAGAUGAUACAUUUCCUCAGUAUAUGAUAAUGAUGAUGGAAUUAACACGUGAAAAUCAAACACAGCUGUUAAAAUUCUUGGCCUGCUGUUCAAGUGAGAACUACUUGCCCCUAGAAAUUCUAGAGAGAGGUAUUGCAGGUCCAUUGGAAGAAGCAAAUUUCAGAAAAUUUGUCGAUCUUAGUGAGAGAGAGGAAAUUAAAGUGGUGACCAUUCAUCCCAGAGACCUCGCCAUGCUCAGAGAUAUACUCAGUGGACAACGCCAAAAUGAUACUGAAAAAACGUGGACGUACGUAUUAAACUUUGUCUUCCAAAAAAAAAAAGGCAACAUAAACGCUCCUACGUUGUCGUGUCUCGAUGUCUCACACGUGAUAAAAUGCCUAAGCGAUGUAUGCAAAGAUGCCCUACAUUACAACAGGGACAAAGACUUCAAAUUGCUGCGCCUCGUUUUACCGCAUCUAGAGGAAGCUGUGAAGCUCAGGGACAAAUUAAAACUAGAAGGAGAAUUCGACCCCAUCGUCCUGGCUAACGGACAUGCCUGUCUUGGAGAAGGUUUGCUCAUCAAUGGCAGGCCUGGGGAAGCAAGAGAGAACCUGAAUAUUGCACUGGAUCUCUUCAAGAACUAUGAAGGCGCGGAGAAUGUACAACUUGACCUGGCUAAUGUGUGUCACUUCCUGGGAGAAGCGCACAGCAACAGUCACCUCGCGAGCCCGUGGGAAGGAGUAAUUUAUCUAGACAUAGCCUUGGAAAUGAAAGAGGGGUUCUACAAAGCAGAGGAUCACCCACAGAUUGCUUUGACCCUACGAAGUCUUGGAAAUGUAUUAAACGAACUGGGAAGACACACUGAAGCUAUUAACUUCAUCGAGAGAGCCCUGAAGAUUUAUGACGGUAAAGAAAACUUCAAACAGGAGUAUGGUUUCACCCUAAGUGCAUUGGGAUCUUCGUACCGCUACCUUGGACGGUAUGCUGAUGCAGAACACUACCUAAAGAAGGCUCUCAAAAUCUUUGAGUCCGUCGAAUCACCAAGCGAACUAAGGAUUGGCGUGACACUCAGCCGUUUGGCAUCUGUGCAUAGAAACAUGGACAAACUAGGUGAAAGCAUAGCUUCCUUGGAAAUGGCACUUAAAAAGUUUGGAUACAACGACAUUUACAGUGCUGUUAUCUUAUCAAAGCUGAGCGUGGUGUACUGCUACAAGGGGGAUUUUGAAAAAAGUGUUGAGCUUGCUGAUAAAGCUAAAAAAAUUUCAGAUGAACGAUAUGGCACAAAAAGUCAUCCCGCUAAAGCUACAACAUUGCUGAAUUUUGGACAUGCACAAAGCGACGUGGGAGAUGUAGAAGAUGCAGUGAAUCAUCUUAAAGUGGCCUUAGAUAUAAACAAGGCAAUCCGCGGUAAUAACCAUCCCAUUGUGGCCACCAACUAUAAUUACUUGUCUUAUGGGUACUUACAGAUGGGAAAGUUUCAGCAAGCCAAGGAAGAGCUACAAAACGCUAGACAGGUUAUGGACAAUUACUCUCGCUCCCACCCAGAGGUAGCUAAUACUCUAAAGAGGCUUAGCAAGGUCUGCUUGAUCCUGGGAGAAGCCGUCGAAAGUGCGGAGGUAGCUAACCGUGCUCUCCAAAUCUAUAAAGAAACGUACGCAGAUACUGUGGAACAUAGAGAGGUGCGGAGGGGUGCAGUUCGGGUGGCUUACGCUUGCUCUAAGCUUGGUUUGUUUGACAUGGCUGAGGAAUAUCUCAAAGAGGUAGAACUUGGUUUUCCCACGCGCCAUGAAUCAAGGUUGCACCCCGAAUUUGCCGUAUUUCUCAGGAAGAAAACCGAAAUUACUUUAGAUAGGUACGAAUUCCAGUGGUCUUUAAACGAGGUGGACGCCGAAGAAAUACUUUCGAAAGGAAACGAGGAUUUGCUCGAAGCAGAAAGAAUCUUAAGUGAUACGUUUCAAUUUAAACGACAGAUCGCAUCGAUAAAGAAGGAGAAAGCUCGGUUAAGCAUGCUAAUGAGAAAUUACAGGAAUGCAUAUGAGGACGUUCGUUCAGCUCUAGACAGUCUCCCCCGGAAUUGCGAUUAUUUGAAAGCAGAUUUUUUAUUGAUAAGAAGUGAUGCUGAGAAAGGCCUAAAUCUGGUUAAUAAAUCAAAGGUGUCUUUGGAAACAGCUGAAAAUAUUUAUCGAAAUAUUUUUGGUGAUGACCAUCCGAUGGUUGCAGUUACUUUGCAAAAGCAGUGUUCUCUAAGUUUAUAUGUCGCGCAUAAAAGUGACAAAGGCAAGAACGAAGCGCAUAAAUAUCAUGAAGCAAGUCACCAAGUUUGUGAAGUCCUUAAAAGCAACUUGGAGCAACAGCUUACCGAUAUCCAAACGGAUUUUCUCAGAAACUACAGUUUUGACCAACACCCUAUUCUUAAACGACAGCAGUCACUUCACAGAAGGUUGACGCGCAAUCAAGGUGCUUGGUGAACAAAGGACCAUCAAAGAAAAAAAAAAGAAAAAAACAUAUCAUCAGUUCACAGCAGUGACGAAACUUCCGCUUUCUAUGUAAUUCAUGUAGGAAACGGCUGUAGGAACCAUUAACUCAUGUCACAUUAUGCCUCACAUUAUGCACUUAUGUGCGAUAGUGAAGAUGAACCAGACUUAACUUUAGGAGAAGCAGCAGGUUGUUUUAACGCAGGUUUCAUUCAAAUAGACUUCACUCCUCUCAAGCACUUAUGACGAGAGAAAAUCAGGAUUAUCGUGAAUUCUAAAAGGUGGUGGAAAGUGGGUGGGAGGGGUGGAGGCUUGAACAAGGCAGUCUCCUGGUUAUGGGGAAGGGACCUUGCCUAAAAUUAGACGUUUUUUCUCCUUUCCCAUGGACAACCAAUCUUCACAAACCAUUUUAACUAACGAUCUUCGCCACUGUGUACCACUAUUGAUAAACAAUUGCAUCUGGAAACUUCUUUAAAGUACAAAAUUGAAAUAUAAUGAUUUCUGCAAUACGCUAAGAGGUGCUAAAACUUAAGAUAUUGUAAAACGUUCUCUGACUGGUUGCUAUGGUUGCUAAUAUACGUUAGUAACCAAGCGUGAGGUCAAGAUGGUUGGAUAUUGGCCAAGUUCUGUUUUUGCAUUUUUAUGGCUGAGACGAAGUCGAUGUUCAUAAAAAUGCGAAAAAGGAACGAGGGUAAUAUGCAGCUAUCUUGACCGAACAAACUUGAUUAAUAAAGGAUUUAUUAUAUUGCAAAAAAAUUUCGCUUCAUUAAGAAUGAAGAAUGGCUUGUUUACUUCGAGAACCAGGAAAGAAAGCCAACUAAGUUUGUAGCACAACAAAUUCACGUUUUGUUUUGACUAUAGUCUGCCGCCUUUUGCGUUUCCAUCGCUGAAAUUGUCCAAGAGUUACGAACGUAGUUCUAAUUCUAUUUUUUUCAUACGCAGGAUCAAUGCGGGCCAUCCUGAGCGGGCAAGAUGGGCCCAUCUUACCCGCUUGGGACUCGCUUCAUCUUGGUCACGAGCGCUGCGAGCGACGUAAUAAAACUAGUUAUUGUCAACAGCUACUUGAUAUUACUUUGUACUUUUUGACAUUACUAGAAGUUUUUAGACUUCCCAAGAUUUCUAGUUAGACUAGUAAUAUCAUUCAAUCGAGAUAUUGUUUUGUAAUUUCUUUAUUUUUUGGGCAUUUUACAAAACAUUACUCUACUGACAAAGCACUACAGGACUCAGUUACAAUGCGUUGCUUACAAUAGUUUACUGAGAACACACCACCAACAAAGUAUAGUUUAAAGUAAAUUUGAUUACAGUGGAUGACUUACUCUCGAUUACUUCCACUUAGUACACAAUACUCUACAUUUACAUUACUUUACGACAUAUUACACUACUUUCAAUAUGUUACGUAUAUAGCGAAAUUGUGUGCUUUACAAUAAAAUUUGACUUCUUAUG